AUGAAUAUGGAAAUUCCUAAUUACUAUCAAAUCUUGGAGGUUUCUCCGUCCGCCUCGUACGAUGAAAUAAAAAAGUCAUACAGAAAGCUAGCACUAAAACACCAUCCCGACAAGCACAGCCAGACUAGCACUGAGCUCGUAAAUAAGCAUCACACUGACAGCGUAAACAGCCGUUUUGUCCUCAUCAAUGAAGCUUACAGUACCCUCUGUAAUCCAGAAAGUCGCAACCGAUAUGAUAUUCAACGUCGUCGCGGUGGCAGCGAUUAUGGCAGACAACGACAUGAGUUUUCUACACAACAAGAAUAUGAAAGAUAUCGUAAAUUGCAGCUUAUUCAUAAACUGUUUCGUGAGGUAAUGGCGAAUAAAGAACGUCUGUCGGAUUUGGGAGCAACUUUUACGAAAUAUGCUACACAAUAUGGAUGGAUUCUUAACGAUGAUGAUGAUGAGGUUAAACCCUUUAUCAAUGCAUAUGAAAAAGAGAUAACUGAAAUCGAAUUGAGCAUUCUUUUAGAGCCUGAGGAAGAUUUAUUUGUGGGUGGUGGUAUAGAUUAUAAUCAAGAUCUUGAUGAUUUAACACUUAAAUAUAUUAAAGAGGAUGAUAUUAUACAAAUUCUGGAUACACCACAUUGGAUUCUAAUUGACAAAGAGUCCUUAAUCACAAACUACCAAAUGUUUGAAUUCGUUCAUUCACAUCGCCUACUUAUCCUUGCAGUGACCAAGAUCGUGUCCCCAUUAAUGAUGGCUGUUUCAUAUGGCUCGUGGGAUGCUGAAGAUGAUGUCGUAAUAUUGAUGCGCGUAAAAGAAAUUCAAUUGAAAAUAAUAGAAUACUUGCAACAACUUACUCAACUAUUAGAGGAACACGGGGAAGUCGCGUUUGAAUCUAUCAUGGAAAAAAUUAAAGAUAGUCAAUAUAUUCAAAAACAAGCCGAGGAACUUUCAAAGCAUCCCAUCAUGGCUAAAAUAGAAAAUGGGCGAUUUGGACAAAAUUCUUAUCCCCUAAUCGGGAUAGCUGCUAUAUUCGGACCGCCGUUUGCUGGAUACUCUUUUUAUUGGUCAAUUGUGGCGCUUUCAUUAGUAGGAAUGAUUAGUGUGCGUAUUGAUGAAGGAGAUCUAAAGAGUUUUCGACAAUUUCUUGAAUUAUUUGAUGACAUAACCUUGUUGUUGAUGCGUAACUUGGAAUGA